UGCUUCGCUCCCCUCCCCUCCGUGGCUGAGAGAAAGAGAAAAAAAAUCUCUGUCUAGGCAUGGGACUCUGGCUGCUGCAGCGCUCGGCAGCUCCUCCCAGGGAAUGACAACAGUUCACAUGGUCAUUAGCUCCAGACGCUGAAGCAGGGGAACUACUCCGAGGCAUAGCAGCUGCACCUGGUGUCUCUAUCUAUGCUGUGGCUUAAAGAGAGAGGCACGACAGCUAUACAGGACUCAGCAAAAAACGAGAUCGUCGACAGAAAGUGCCUUGUCAGACAUCCCUACUUGAGCUGCCUGCCUGCACGUCUCCUCGACCAAGCAUGCAACAUUCCCUCCCUCUCUGUGACAGAAGAUAGCUCAACCUCAGCCCCUGCCCUACCAACUCAUCUUUAUCAGGCUCCGUCGCUGCGCGGCCUCAGAAACCCAAGCAGAAAGAUUUAACUGCAGUGGUUGGGGGAACUGGCCGGACUCUGCCAAAACAGAGUGCUGACUGACUCAUUCGGAGAAGUUUAGUCAAUACCCAACCCACCGCCUGCACAAAUUUAUAUUCUCGCCCAAGCAGURCCAUCGCCCUCGAAAUAGCACCGGUUUCAAUUAUCUUCCCUGCCCCCCUCCCCCUUCCUUCCCACUACCACCACAUUCGGACGGUCCGUCAGUCCACCCUGCCUCUGAGCAUGCCCCCGUUGACCUGUCAGUGGCCUGCACCUGGGACUAACURAUUGACGAGCGACGUCUCUUGAUUGACAGCUUCUCUGAUAGCCGCCAUCUCCCAAGCUGCACCCACAUCCAGUUUGCAAGUCCACCAACUCUGCUGCUCCGAAGUCCGCAAGGGCAAGGUUUUUUUUAAGCACACUGAAGAGCCAUUAGAGUAUAGCCUCUCCUUCAACAAGUGGCUAGCUUUACCCCACCCCGGCAUUGCUAUGGCUUUAAAUAUUGCUUCGAUGCGAGACACAAAAUGGCUGACGCUGGAGGUGUGCCGACAGUUCCAGAGGGGGACAUGUUCGCGGAGUGACGAGGAAUGCAAAUUUGCGCACCCGCCCAAAAGCUGCCAGGUGGAGAACGGAAGGGUGAUUGCCUGCUUUGACUCGCUAAAGGGCCGAUGUACGCGGGAGAACUGCAAAUACCUCCACCCCCCGGCCCACCUGAAGACCCAGCUGGAGAUCAACGGCCGCAACAACCUCAUACAACAGAAGACUGCAGCAGCCAUGAUGGCUCAACAGAUGCCUUUCAUGUUCCCUGGCACGACCAUGCAGCCUACCAUGCAGUCGUUUCCUAUUAGCCAGGGGCUGGGCUCCAGCCCGGGGCUAAGCUACGCUCCCUACCUGACCCACAUGACCCACAGCAUGGGCAUGAUGCCCAGCGAGAUGCUCCAGCCCAGCACCCAUAGUAUCAUCGUCCCCGGCAGCCAACCCUGCUCCAUGCAGAGCUCCUCCUCCAACCAGAAGCUKCUACGCACGGACAAGCUGGAGGUGUGCCGGGAGUUCCAGCGGGGCAACUGCGCGCGUGGCGAGACGGACUGCCGCUUCGCUCACCCCAGCGACAGCCCUAUGAUUGACACUAGCGACAACACGGUGACCGUGUGCAUGGACUACAUCAAGUCACGCUGCUCCCGGGAGAAGUGCAAGUAUUUCCACCCGCCGGCCCACCUGCAGGCCAAGAUCAAGGCUGCGCAGCACCAGGCCAACCAGACGGCCGUGGCCGCGCAAGCUGCUGCCAUGACUCAGUCGACUGCCAAAGCAAUGAAGCGACCCCUCGAGGCAACUGUAGAACUGGCUUUCCCCCACGGCUGCCUGCAGCCCCUACCAAAGAGACCAGCACUUGAGAAGAGCAACGGGGCCAGCUCACUUUUUCACCCCAGUAUGUUGCACUACCAGCAGGCCUUGGCCAACGCACAGCUGCAGCAGCAGACGGCUUUCUGUGGCUUUCCCACAGGGUCAGUCUUGUGCAUGACUCCUGCUAGCAGCCUUGUACCCAUGAUGUACAGUGCUACGCCUGCUACUAUCUCUGCAACAACAACUCCUGUCACAAGUGUCCCCUACGCAGCAGCAGCGCCAGCCAAUCAGAUCAUCCUGAAGUAACUGUCAGGAUGGAAAUGGAGUGUCAAGAAGCUGCACUACAAAGCCCAAAACAGCCCUUCUUCUGUACAUACUACCUUCCCCUUCCACUACAACAACCUGCAUGCUAAGAGUGUAAUACUACCAAUUAACCAUAAGACUUGAGUGCUGGUGUAAGAUGAUACACACAACAAAAAUAUGUAUAUGUAUUGCUAGGAAACUAUUGCCAUGAAAAUUAUGACAAAAAAGAAUAUGUACUGAACUACAUACACUUAGUGGAGAUAUGGCGAUGAGUUCAUUUUAACGAUUGUUUUCUCUGUUAAAGUAAUAUGGGUCCUUUUUUAUAUUUUGUUUUCAAAAAGGAACCUCGGUCUGCACAAAUGUUCACCCUUUGAAAACACCUUAUUUGCACUAUAAGAGAACUAGUGCUUAUUGUCAAAAGUGCUUAAUUGUUUUAAACAGGAGAGUCACAGAGAAGCCCCUGGUUGCAACUGGCGCUCCAGACCAAGCUAGAAGGGAUUGUUUUACUUUUUGUUUGUUUUAAUUAUUUUAAAAAGACAAAUGUUAGGGAAGACGACAUGUUUACUCAAUGACUGUCCUCUUAACGAUGGUUUGAAUGCGCUCCCCCACCCCAUCACCACCACCCCUUUAAAACGGUGUGGUAUGCGCUCCAUAUGAACCAUUUGCCAACAUUUAAUCUCUGGAAAACCAACGGCUUGCCAAACGAAAGUCAUCGCGACAGACUAAUGGACAGAAGCGAUCGGAGUCGAUCURCAAGGAAACAGACGUGGAACAGCUUCGUGGCCAAAACGUGCAGUCGGGCCUCGUUUUUGUGCACUUCUGGGGGGAAAAGAACCUAGAAUUUCGAUUUAUUUUCCUUUGUUAAAUUUCAGUUUUACUUUUGGAUGGGUGCUGACAUUUGGGGGGUGUGUGUGUGUGUGUGUGUGUGUGUGGUUGGGUGGGAUCCUCAGAGGGGUCGGUGUUGGGGAGAGUUAUACUGGGCAUCAGGGAGUGCUACUAGCCUAUAUGGCACCGGUUUGUGUGCCAAGGGCUUAACGAAAGCUUGCGGGUGGCCGAAAGCAUACGGCGGGAGGGAGGCUCAGCCUGAUGGGCCAUGCCAUGGAUGUCUGCCAGCAGACUGGAUGUCAAGACCACAGGGACAAGGCCUUUUGGGGAGUGGGGCUAGAAGGAGGGAUAAGGGUGAGAUCGGCGAGGGGUGAAACAAGUGCUACGACUCAAAAAGGUGCAUUCGAAGAUGCUAGUCAUCGUUGUGAGAUGACGUGAAGUUAUUGACUGGAGGGCUAUCUGUGACUGUCAGUCGUCACCCUGCUAUCACCGAGAAUCCUGUUUCUAUUUGAGAAAAACUGUAGAAGUGCCUAAAAAUCCUUUAACUUUAAAACAACAAGCAUCUGGAGAAACAUACUUUGUCAAAGAAAAAAUAAGAAUAUACAAAAGGAUGGUUCAAGCGAAGUUCCCAAUAGUAUGUUGACCUAUUUAGAGAAAAGACUAUUCACUUUUCAUGCAGAUGCCAUGGUUAAAGCAGUACCCUAGUGUUAUUGUAAACAUAUAUUUAACACGACAAAAAGUAACUUUCUGAAUAGAAAAUAUAUAUAAACUAACCAAGAUAGCUUGGUAGAAUGUUUGUUAAACAUUUCAUGAUGUAAUAUUUUGUUCUUACCAUAGGUUUUUAGUAGUUUACAUUGAAAAAAGUGAUUGAGAAUACCGGAAAUUGUGACUUGUGUGUAAUGUAUGUAACGUGUUUCUUACUUUGAGAGUUUAUAUUCAUGGUUGUAGCAGCAAUGUAUUCACAUUUAUUUCAAUUUGUUUUAUGAUGUUAAGCAUCAAGAUAUGUGUGUCACCAGAACAAUCUGUUAUUUUAUGCCAUGAUAUAGUUAAUUGUGUACUAGCAUUGUUUUAAACCAACCUCCACGUUAUUACCUAAUGUUUUAUGAGAUGUAUGCAUUUCGACUCUAAAUCACAUUUCUUGACACUACACAACCAAUUAUUUUCCUUGUGUAUGUGUGUUCAACAAAAAGGAUCAGAAUCAUGACAUAUUUUCAUGGCGCUUGAUCAACAGACAAUCCACAACGAGACACCUUUGGUUCAAAAAUAAUAAGGCACUGGUCUUAGUAUUUCGUUUUUUGUUUCUUUUUGUUCACUUUCACUGAGAUUUUCUUCUAAAAAGUUACAGUUUUAAUGUAAUUUUUGGUGGAAGGUGAACGAAGGUAUUUUUUGGUAACUUAUCGUAUUUUAUUGUUUUGUCAAAUGAGUCAGAAUGAUGUAACCUACUCUAUUUUGAAAUGAAUGUAAUUUAUUGCGCUGUGCAUCCCUACAAGGUCGUGUCUCUUUGGUCAGCCAAUGAGAUGCAGAUCAGGAGCAAGGGGGUGGAGUCUUAAAAAGCCACCAAUAGAAAGCUACUGGAUCUCCCUUGUCUUGUCAUCAACACAGUUCAUCGCAUUACAGUUAUGAGCAAGGCUUUAGAAUUGCUUAUUGUUCAACAAAAAAAAAAGAAAAUAAGAAUGUUAAUUGUAUAGGUAACAUUUUACCAAAAAAAAUAUUUAAAUAUGUACUUUUCACUCUAUUUCAUAAUAUUACGUUGUUGCUGUGGCAACAUAAAGUUGCAAUUACUAAAGUUCUGUAUUUUUGUAAAUUAUGUAAUCGUUAAGUUGACUUUUUUUUCUAGAACACUGCACACAUCACUAGAUUGUAAAGCAGAUUUCAACAUUUCUUAUUUGUCGUGAUUAUGACAAUUUUCCUUAGCAGGCUCUGUAAAGGUAUAACUUUAACACUUAAGAUGUAAUAGACAAAGUUACCAAUGUUAUUUAGGAUGAAAUUAUAACAAAUUAUCUAUUAAUUGAAUAGUUAAGAUGUACAACUAUUCCCCUGAGAAAGGACCACUGGUUUCAUGCACACCAAUGGAAAAAAUAUUUAUGAAUGUAGUUUGUUAAAUUGUUUAUCAUCAGUUAAGGAUUGCACUUCUUCCGGUAAAGUAAAACAUUUCAUUAUUACCGAUGCCAUACCUAAUGAAAUUUGCAAAGUUACUAUACACCAGUAAUUCUGUAUAAUAGUCACUACCUGUUUGUAUCAGAGAAAUAACCUUUGAGCAUCUUGCAUGAAAAAAAAGUUUUUAUUAAUAAACAUUAAUUUACUGAA